AUGGAUUCUCAGGUUAUGGUAGCUUUGGCUCUCUCUCUUGUGGGUGGAUUAAGCACUUCUAUAGGUGCACUCUUUGUAAUUCUUUGUCAGGCUCCCAAUUUGAAGAUGCUUGGACUAUUACAGGGUUUUGCUGCAGGCCUGAUGCUGAGCAUAUCAUUCCUUGAUCUUGCUCAUAAUGCUAUCAACUCAAUUGGGUUCUUAAAAGCAAACCUCUGGUUUUUUGGAGGUGUUGUUUUCUUUGGCAUCAUUGCCAAUUUCAUCCCAGAGCCAACACUUGCCCCAAGUUCAGAUGUUAAAAAUAAAAAGAAAAAUGACGAAGGGGGAAAGGACAUUAUGAAAAAGCAUCGUCGCCAAGUUUUGUUUAGUGGGAUUAUCACUGCAAUAGGAAUAAGCUUGCAUAAUUUUCCAGAGGGAAUGGCAGUGUUCCUUGGAUCAAUUAAGGGCCUCCGUGUUGGUCUUAAUUUGGCUCUGGCAAUUGCUUUGCACAACAUUCCAGAGGGUGUUGCUGUUGCACUUCCUAUUUAUUUUGCAACACAGAGCAAGUGGCAGGCAUUCAAAUUGGCUACAGUUUCUGGUUUGGCUGAGCCACUUGGUGUGGUACUUGUUGCAUAUCUAUUCCCAAGCAGCUUAAGUCCUGAAAUUCUUGAGGGUUUGCUCGCAUCAGUUGGUGGAGUGAUGGCUUUCCUAACCUUGCAUGAAAUGCUGCCACUGGCAUUUGAUUAUGCAGGUCAGAAACAAGCUGUUAAGGCCGUGUUCUUUGGCAUGGCUUUCAUGUCUGCAAGCCUAUAUUUUCUUGAAAUCAGCCUACCUGAGGAGAUGAGCUUGUAG